GACUGUCUCCUCCUUCCAGUAGCGGUGGCCUGCUUCUUCUAGGGCAAAAGGAGAAAGACACACCAUUGAACAGGGCCUCCCUAUUCCUGGGAGACUAGGAGCCAUUGAUGGGAGAGAUGGGGGGUACUCACAAGGUUUCCUCUCUCCUCCACAGGGCUGCCUAUCUCCCUCCUGUGGACUUGGAGAUUUCAGACACGGAGGUCUACCCAUGGCUCCUUAUCACAUCCGCAAAUACCAGGAGAGUGACGCCAAAGAGGUCGUGGAAUUGUUCUGCGCAGGGAUGACUGAACAUGCGUCCGCCACCUUCCGCCACUUGCUGAGGCUGCCCCAAACCCUUGUGCUCUUACUUGGGGGGCCCUUCACCCUAUUACUGGUCUCUGGCUCCUGGCUCCUGGCCCUCAUGGCCAGCCUUGCCCUUGUCACUGCCUUGAAGUUGCUUGCCAAGUAUCCCUGGACCGAAUAUAUAGCCAUGACUUUGAACACAGACAUGUCUGACAUCACCAAAAUGUACCUCAGUGAGCAGGGUUCCUACUUCUGGGUGGCCGAAUCUGAGGGACAGGUGGUGGGCACGGUGGGAUGUCUGCCAUCUAAGGAUUCAACCAUGGAGAGGAAGCAGUUAGAGCUAUUACACCUGUCUGUGGCCUCUGAGCACCGUGGUCAGGGGAUGGCGAAAGCCCUGGUCAGGUUGGUCCUCCAGUUUGCCCGGGACCAGGGCUACAGUGAGGUCGUUCUCACUACUGGGGCGGUGCAGUACUCUGCAGUUGGUCUUUAUCAGAGCCUUGGGUUCCAGAAGGUGCAUGAGUUUUUCUUGACCAUGAGCUGUAGACUAGUGGAUCUUUCUGCAAUUCGUUUUAUCUACCACCUUCCGUCUCCUCAGGUCUGUCAAGCACCGCAGCAGGGAGGGGCCCUGUAAUCUCAUUCCUUGUGUAUUCAUCAGGACAGGAUGGACUCUGCUGUAGUAACAAGCAAGCCCUGAUAUCUCUGUGCUAUGACACAAUAAAAGCAUAUUGCUCAUUCACAUCAGCGUCCAGUGUGGGUGAUGGUAUAUUGGUGUGAGGGGCUCUGCUCCAUUCAAUCUUUUUGUAUUACCUGUUUCAUUUAUCUGUUAUUGUCCUUAAGUGCUGUCAAGUCAGUUUCUACUCAUAGUGACCCUAUGUAAAACAGAACAAAACACUGUCUCGUUCUGUGGCAUUUUCAUAGUCGUUUCUGUGUUUGAGUUCAUUGUCGCAGCUACUUUGUCAAUCCAUCUUGUUGAGGGUCUUUCUCUUUUUCAUUGAUCCUCUAUUUUACCAAGCAUGAUAUCUUUCUCCAGGGACUGGUCCCACCUGACAACAUAUCCAAGUACAUGUGAUGAAGUCUCAACAAUCUCCCUUCUAAGGAGCAUUCUUCCAAAACAGAUUUAUUUGUUCUUCUGGCAAUCCAUGGUUUAUUCGGUAU